AUGCGAACUCUUUUUAUUCUCGUUUCGUUGUGCGCCGCACUCUGCUUCAGUGCACCAGUAUCAGAACAGGAUCUCCGAGUCAGGCGAAAUGCUGAAGAAGCAGCUCACUCUGGAGCCGAGGCAGUCGUUCACAUUCUACAACCAGUCAAAACAUAUGUCUACACAGCAACUGGAGAAUUUGUUGUGACCCAACUAGCAGAGAAACAUACCCUUCGAGUAGCAGCUAGACUAGAAACUCAAAACGAUAGACUCAAACGCCAGCAGAGUGCCGAAGAGCGUGCUCGAGCUGAAGCCGACGCUCGUCGUCGUGAACGUUGUCGUAAUCGUCGUCCACAACCAACUCCAGGACCACCACCACCAAGAAAUAAUUGCCUUCCCCCACCGGGUCCCCCGCCUCCAUGUCAACAAUAUCAGCAACCACAACCACCACCAUGCCAAAGACCUCAACCACCUCAGCCACAGCCACAACCAUAUCCACAAAGAACCGGAGGUUGUCUUCCAUCGCCAAGAGGCUACGAGAAUCAGCCACAACCACCACAACCACAGCAACAGCAAUACCCACAACCCCAACCCCAACGCGGUGGAUGUACUUACAGUCAGCCACAACCUCAACCACAACAACAACCCCAACCUCCAUGCUACCAGCGUCAACCUGAACCUCCACGUCAAACGGGAGGAUGCCUUCCAGGACCAUAUUACUCACCAAACACAAUGGCCCCACCCCAACACCAACAACCAUAUCCCGAAAGAAACGGUGGUGGUUGCCGUCAAAGAUCCCCUCAGCCCCAGUACCCAAGAACCAAUGAGUUCCGUGCCCCUGUUGUGGAAUGCCAUGGAAAUGGACCAGCUCCGUGCAAUCCACAACCACAGCAAGAGGAUCCAUGCGUCGGAAAAGUGAAUAUCGUUUCAGUUGACGCUGCUGGAAAAGUUGACCACUAUUUGUAUGAGACAAAGAAACAAUCAGGAGAUGUGAUUGCAACUGUAUCAUCGGCGAUAAAAGAGCAAUUCGAGGCAGCAAAGAAGAAAUUCAGUGAAGCAUCCAACAAAGUUUCCGAAACUGCGGAACAAGGAGCUCAUUGGACUGGAGACAGAGCUAGAGAAGCUGGCAACACAUUGAGCAAUGCUGCACAUGAUGGAUAUGAACAAGGAAGAGAUGGAGUUGCUGAUAUGAGAGAAAGAAUUGAUGAAGCUGGACAUGAAGUUGCUGAAGCUGCAGAGGAAGGAUCCAAUACUGUUGGACAAAAAACUGGAAAAGCAAUUGAUUCGGCCGUUGACAAAGCAGAAGAUGUUGCUGAAGGCACUAAGAACAGAGCUGAAAAGAUGUAUGAUGCCGCUGCCGAGGGAGCAAGUAAUAUGGCUCAAUCGAUGCAUGAAGCUGGAAAAUCCACUGGAGAUGCACUUUCUGAAGGAGCUGAAGCUGGCUAUGACGCUGUAAAAGAUGGAGGUCGUUGGGUCGGAGAGAAUGUUGCUCACGGAGCCGGAAAGGUCGCUGAUGGAGCUAAAUAUGUCAAAGAUUCUGCUGCCGAAGGAGCAAAAGAUGCUGUCCAUGGAGCUCACGAAGGAAUGCGUAUGGUCGGUGAGAACGUUGCUCAUGGAGCAGGAAAGGUUGCAGAUGGAGCCAAAGCUGCUGGAAAUUAUGCAGUAGAUUCGGCAAACACUGCUGGAGAAGCUAUUGUUGAUGGAGCAAAAACCGUCGGUCAAACAGCCUCUGAUGGAAUGAGAAUGAUUGGUGAAAAUGUUGCUCAUGGAGCAGGAGUUGUUGUUGAGGGAGCUAAAUCCGCUGGAGAACAGACUGUUGAAGGAGCAAAGUCUGGAGCUCGCUGGGUCGGAGAAAAUGUUGCACAUGGAGCAGGAAAGGUAGCUGACGGAGCAAAAUCCGCUGGACAAUCAAUUGCCGAUGGAGCUGUUGCCGCUAAAGAUGCAGCUGUCGAAGGAGCAACCACAGCCGGUAACAAGACCGUGGAAGGAAUGAGAUUUGUUGGUGAAAAUGUAGCUCACGGAGCCGGAAAGGUUGCAGAUGGAGCAAAAGCUGCUGGAGAUACAGUAGUUGAAGGCGGGAAAGCCGCUGCCGAAAAAACUGAAAGUGGAAUUGCAUUCGUAGGGCAAAAAAUUGCGGAAGGCGCUGGAGCUGUAGCUGGUGGAGCCAAAGCUGCUGGUGGAGCCGUAGUUGAUGGAGUUGCUGCUGCUGGAGGAGCUGUCGUUGGUGGAGCAAAGGCAGUUGGAUCGGGAAUCGCUGACGGAGCAAAAUUUGUGGGAGAAAACGUUGCCUAUGGAGCUGGAGCUGUUGCUGGAGGAGCAAAGGCUGCCGGUGGAGCCGUUGUUGAUGGAGCAGCAGCAGCAGGUGGUGCUGUUGUAGAUGGUGCCAAAGCAGUUGGAGGAUUUGUUAGCGAUACUUUCAGCUCAGCAAGAGAUGAAACUGGUGAAGCACUGAAAACUGCUGGUUCAAAAGUGAAGGCUUCCGAAUAA